GCCCACAAACCAAGCCUAUAUUCCAAACAAUUCUUCCUUUACUUGGUUUUCAACCUUCUUCACUUUUUCCCUCCUUUUUGCUCCUUCUCUUGCUUGCACCCUCCAACACUCUCCCCAUCUUUCCUUUCUCUCUCUCACAACUGCACACAGUCUCCACCACCAAUAUAUAUACACUUUUGGUUCCAUCAUUAGCCCACAAACACAAACAUCUUCCCUUUUCUCUUCUCUAGAUCAUGCACCAUCUUCCUUUCUCUUUCAUCGAUUCAAAGGCAGAACUACUAUAACUUGGCAACCACAUUCAAAAAGAAGUGAGAGAGGAGAAGAAGCUGCAUAGUAAGAUUAAAAGAUGGAAAGGAGUGUAAUUUACUAUGUUACAUUUCUCAUACUGUGUCUGUUUCUCUGUUCAGACAGGUUCAAGUAGGACACAAAAGGAAGUACCUAGACAUGUGAAUGUACUACUAGGACAUGAAGGGAAACAAGAAUUCACAGCCUCAAUUUCUACAGUCCAAAAGGAUAUUACCACUCCAAUCACCACCAUUCCAAACUUAGUUCCCACCACUCCAACCAUUUCAACAUCACCAUUCCUGAACCCUAAUUCCAACCCUGACACAGUCUCUCCAGCCUCUACACUACCAUUGACCCCUCCAACCACUGUGAACUCACCAAUGUCUUCAGGUGCAAGUUGGUGUGUUGCAAGCCCAACUGCCUCACAGAUUGCUUUGCAAGUUGCAUUGGACUAUGCUUGUGGCUAUGGUGGGGCUGAUUGCUCAGCAAUUCAACCUGGUGGAAGCUGUUACAACCCAAUUUCCAUUAGGGACCAUGCUUCUUAUGCUUUCAAUAAGUAUUAUCAAAGGAAUCCUGUUCCAAAUAGCUGCAAUUUUGGUGGAACUGCUGUCAUCAUUAGCACCAACCCAAGCACUGGUGCAUGUCAAUAUCCAUCCACUAGCACUAGUACAUCAAUCUUGAACACAACAAACUCAAGCGGUGCAAACGUUUUUGGUUCAGUGCCAGUGCCCACAAACCCCUCUCCCUCUGCUGCACCAGACACAUUAAAUACCUUUGCUGAUAUUUGUGUCAUUCUAUGGAUAAUAUCAUCUUUUCUCUAAAAUGGUUGAGAGUUGGAUGUUGCAGCUCUGAACAGGAAAAUUUUGCCCCUUUUACAGGUUUUUUGGGAGACACAAAAGCAAAUAGCUACAUGACAAUCAACACCACAUAAAUGGUAGAAAGAAAAGGCAAUCUAAGAUGAUGGACAUUUGUAGAGAUAGACUGUGCAUAACUUUUUUGUUUAAUUUUCUUUGUGUUGCUCACAUUUUUUCUGUUGUAUUGUUAGAUCUUAGAAAAAUAAUAUAUCUUUGUAGUUGCCUUUUCUAUUUAAUUAUAUAAAUCAGGAUCAAAUUUGUUGGCUAGGACUUUAAAGUCCAUUUUAAUCUUGUUGGUACUACCUAUGACUUAGUGUACAGGUGUUAACUCUAAUUUCUUAGUUAAUAUUUAAUCUUGUAAGAUCAAUGGUGAUAUUACAAAACAGCAGUGAAUAUGUACAGUGGUGGGAGCC